CUCCAAGAUUAGCUUCUGUUCUCUUGCCUCCCAAAAGUACUGGCUCUGCUCUCUGUUGACUCUACAAUACCCACCGUGUACAACGGUAUAAACGGUCGACGCAUUUAUCCCUCUCUCACCCAAACCCGGUCGAAAUUUCCCCCCCACCAAAACCUUCUUUACCCCACCCACGCACGACAUUCAAAACCUGGAAGCUCGAUCUGACGAUCACAAGCCUCGAAAGAACCAGGAUUGGAGAGAAAAGGCAAACCCAAACCUCAGCCAAGUUUUCUGUGAACUGUUCUCGAACACCGUACUCCACAUACGCGACUCUUCCGAUACUAUCAGUGGCCAUGAUGGCCGCACAUCUUCGUGGGGGAAAUGGAGACGGAAAGAGCUUAGGUCAGGCACUUAAUGAGAACCCAAGUGGAACUCCUAGUGUUGCUGUUCCAGAGAAGAAGAAGAAGGAAAAAGUUGUGCUGGUGAACAGAGCUGGAGAGAGCAGAAGUCCGUAUGUCCGGGCACAUUCUUCUAAUCCAGUCGCAUGGCAGAUAUGGGGCGAAGAAGCUAUAGAUUUGGCUAGAAAAGAGAGCAAACUUUUGUUUGUGAGUAUUGGCUAUAAUGCUUGCCAUUGUAAGUUCCUGAAUCAUUGCAAAAUACAAAUGUUAACCAGUUACCAGGGUGUCAUGUAAUGGAGCGCGAGUCCUUCGAGAAUGACGAGAUCGCGACGAUCCUCAAUACCGAGUUUAUACCUGUCAAAAUUGAUCGAGAAGAGCGGCCUGAUAUCGAUCGAAUUUACAUGAACUUUGUACAAGCUACAACGGGAUCGGGAGGCUGGCCUUUGAAUGUAUUCGUCACUCCGGACCUUGAGCCUGUUUUUGGUGGAACAUAUUGGCCUGGACCAACCAGCAGUACAAAUUCCCAUGAGGACCAAGUUGAUUUUCUCGGAAUUUUGAACAAGCUUUCAACGGUAUGGAGAGAACAGGAGGAUCGAUGUCGGCAAGAUUCUUCGCGGAUAUUACAACAGCUCAAAGAUUUCGCCCAAGAAGGUACCCUUGGCGAUAGAUUAGGCGAAGGAGGGGAAGCACUUGAUAUUGAACUACUGGAAGAAGCAUAUCGAAAUUUCAUUUCAACAUAUGACCCUGUUAAUGGUGGGUUCGGAUCAGCACCAAAGUUUCCUACUCCCUCAAAACUUUCAUUUCUUCUACGGCUGGGUCAGUAUCCAUCGAUCGUACUGGAUGUCAUUGGAGAAGUAGGUGGUCAGAAUUCAGAAAAUAUGGCAAUAACAACACUUCGAAAAAUGGCAAGAGGUGGAAUUCAUGAUCAUAUUGGUUAUGGAUUUUGCAGAUAUUCCGUUACAGGAGAUUGGUCCUUGCCCCAUUUUGAGAAGAUGCUUUACGAUAACGCCCAACUGCUCCACAUUUACCUCGAUGCUUUCUUGCUCUCGCGAGAUCCUGAACUGCUUGGAGUUGUUUAUGAUAUUUGCACAUAUCUCACAACAACUCUGAGUCACCCUGAAGGCGGAUUCUAUUCCAGUGAAGACGCCGACAGUUACUAUAAGAAAGGAGACUCGGAGAAACGUGAGGGAGCUUUUUAUGUGUGGACCAAGCGAGAGUUUGAAAACAUUUUGGGGCCUCAAGCAGAGCCUAUUCUUUCUGCGUUUUUCAAUGUUAGAGGUCAUGGAAAUGUAUCUGCAGAGAAUGAUACCCAUGACGAAUUUCUGGACCAAAACGUUCUUACUAUUGCAAACACGCCAUCAACACUUGCAAGUACAUAUGGUAUGAAAGAACAAGAAGUAGUAAAGAUCAUCAAGGAUGGAAAGACAGCAUUAUUGGCGCAUAGAGAGAAAGAGCGUGUCAAGCCAGAUUUAGAUGACAAGAUUAUUGUCAGUUGGAAUGGUAUUGCUAUUGGUGCUUUGGCUCGAACUGCGGCUGUUAUCAAAGGCUUUGAUCCUGAGAAAUCGGAGAAAUAUUUGGCAUCAUCGCUUAAGGCUGCAACUUUCAUAAAAGAGAAACUUUACGAAGAGUCAACAAAGACUUUGUACCGCGUAUGGCGAGAAGGACGUGGAGAUACCGCUGGAUUUGCGGAUGACUAUGCCUUCUUAAUCGAUGGUCUGAUUGAUUUAUAUGAAGCCACCUUUGACGAAGAAUGGCUUCAUUGGGCCGACGAUUUACAGAGUAAUUAUCCAACCUCACUCUUUGCUUGCCAUCUACUAACCCAACACAGAAUCUCAGAUUUCUCAUUUCUACGACGUCGACGGAACUGGCGCAUUCUUCUCCACCUCAUCGUCCGCUCCCCACGUAAUUCUUCGUCUUAAAGACGGAAUGGAUACUUCCGAACCAUCCACAAACGGCACCUCAUCAUCCAACCUUUAUCGGUUGUCAUCUCUACUAAAUGACCCAUCCUACGCCCUCAAAGCCAGACAAACGAUUCUUUCUUUCGAGUCUGAAUUGAUGCAAUAUCCGUGGUUGUUUGCAUCUUUCAUGCCCUCUAUCGUCGCUAGUCAUCUUGGUGUUAAGGGUGUGGUUGUGUCUGGUGACGGAGUCGCGAGCGAAAAGAUUAAGGCUUUUGAACGGGCGCCUAGAGGAGCUUUGGAAUGUUUUAGUAGAGUUUCAACCGGUGGACAGAAUACAUGGCUGAGAAAGAGGAAUGAGCUCCUGAAGGAUUUUGGACUUGAUGGUAACCCGAGGGUGUUAAUCUGUGAAAGGGGUGUCUGCAGAGAGGAAGGAUUGGUGAGUGUACCGGAUGAGACAGAUGGUGUUGCCUCUAAGCCUAUCGUUGAGAAGGCUGCUGUUGAGAAGUCUGUUGCUGAGAAGAUUGCUCCGGCCGAGAAGCCCAAUUCAGUUAUUGUCGAGAACAUCACUCCGGCGGAAAAGACAGAAAGAAUUUCGAAGGAUCAGACAUCGGACGACAACUUCCUCCCUUUGACAGACAAGACCACUUCAACAAAUAUUCCCCCCUCCUCUACAACAACCCCCUCACCCAACCCACCACUUCCCUCAACACCAAAAAAGGAAGCACCAUUGGAAUUCCAGAAAAUCCCGAUAGAAACAAAGACCAUCGUCGCUGCCCCCUUGGUCCUCGACCAAAACAAGACCACAACAGAAAGCACUAAAGCAAAAGAGGUCGUUCUUUCACAACCAGAACCUGGACCUGCUUCCACCCCUUUACCUGGACCGGAGAACGUGAAGCCUUGAGGAGGAGGUAAAUCAACGAUUGGGAUUAGGGGAGAGGGAGAGAUGGUUGACGAGAAGAAAUGAUUUCAUGAUAUGCGAGAGCGCUGGCGUUAGAUUUGCACGUAUGGAUUGAAAUUAUGGCGUUAUGGAGGUUGGGGUUUGGCAGAUGGGGAGAAGGGGAGGGGACUGAUAGGUCUCGUGAUUUUCAUGGUACCCCUUUUUUUGUUAGGCGCGAGUAGUUCUUUUUUUUUCUUUUUUGUAGAGAGAGGAGGUUUCUUGGUCUUUAGACAUACUGGUUAUGGGAAAGUGAAAUGAGUUGUAAUGGGUCUAUUUUCGAGAUCAUCCAAUUCGAGACUCGGAAUGUGGUAUUUACUAUUUCAAUACAGAAUAGUUUAGGGAGCUGUGAAUAAACA